GCUCGUGGUGCAGGAGGCCAUGGACCUGCUGGAGCUGCACGACAUAGCGGACACGCUGGUGGGGUUCAUUGGCAUCAACGGGCUGACAGUGGAGCAGGCGAAGCGGCUGACCAUAGGCGUGGAGCUGGUGGCCAACCCCAGCGUCCUCUUCCUGGACGAGCCCACCAGUGGGCUGGACAGCCGCGCGGCUGACAUUGUCGUGCGCGGGAUCAGGAACAUUGCUGGCACCGGGAGGAGCACCAUCUGCACGAUCCACCAGCCGAGCCGGCGGCUCUUCUUUGCGUUUGACUGGCUGUACCUCAUGAAGCGCGGGGGUGAGGUCGUCUACUUCGGCCCCAUCGGCCACAACGGCUGCGACCUCCUGAUCAACUACACCACCAUACCCGGCUUCGCAUCCCGCCAGGGCCUCAUCUACGUGGCUCUGGUUUUCGUUGCUGUGGUCAACGCCAACAACGUCAUUCCACAGAUGCCCUACCUGGCGCUGACGACGCUCAUCUUCUGCAGCAUCUGCUUCGGCAUGGCGGGCGUGGCCACGGGCAGCGCUAGCGACUUCUUCCUCUUCUGGGUCAACUUCUUCCUCUACUCCGCGUGCAUCACCUACUAUGGCAUCUUCAUGGCCAUGCUCACGCCCAACGCCGAG